AUGGACACUAGGCGAUUAGUUUUCCGACAGUCGACAGCCCUUGAAUGCAUCAUUACCAGCUCACAUGGCGCCCCAGCAGGAAGGACUGGGAACAAACAGGUACCAAACUUUGAUGAAGAGAAGAGCUUCCAGCGUGGAGGAGUCAUCAUGUCUCUGUCGGUGCAGGUUGUCGCUCUGAGGACCAGAGAGCUGCGAGAGCUGCUGGAAGAUGAAGACAAAAUAAAUCACACCAUCAGGUGCGCUGAGAAGUUCCAGGGGCUGCAGAGGGCUGCAGAGAAUCUGCUGCUUUCAAAUAAAGAAAUUGCCAAAAUCGGUCUUUCUCAAAAACCUAAAUUUAGAGACGCUAAAUUGCUCCUAGCAAUGAAGUACAAACAGCUGGAAAACAUUAGAAGCAUCAUCCAGGCUAAACAGGAACUAAUUGCAGAGAAAUACAGUGUUCACGAUGCUCAGUGGAGUCUCCUAAAGAAGAUAAAUCAUGCAGAGCAGGAGAGUGAGAUGCUGUUUCAGAGGUUUGCAGAGGGGAAAGCGACGCUGGCAGAGUUCCUGGAUUCCUUUCUCAGCUUGAGGAAACUCCAACACAUCAGGAUGACCCUGGUGAAGAAACUCAAAGAAACUAUUGAACUUAGAUCAACACAAAGGCUCGGUGAGACUCACCCCGACACUUUCUCUGCAGAGGAGAUACAAAACGCCUGCCUCCCAGUCUGCGGACUAACCACAGCUGUCAUCUUACCUGCCUGCUGCCACCCUCCAUUCCUGCUGCCCCUUGGUGCCCAUGCAAACACUGUUCACCGUCUACAGCAUUUACCGUUUUGUUACGAUUACAAGAAGGCCAUACGUCCAGGAGCGCACGGACGGGGCCCGAAAUGGCCGGUGAAACCCGUCCAUCUUCAGCCUCUGAAGUUUCAGCAGAGGAAGCGUCAUCAAGAACCACAAUGA